GACCGAUUCCACCAUAUCGCUUCCUAGAGCGCAUUUUCCUUGAGUAUGCCAUCCGCAAACCACACAUGGCCUCUUGGAAAUUGAUUGGCGUGGUUCCGGAUUCCGAGGAUGAAGAUGACCUGGAUCUCGAGACCCAAAACAAUGCGAGCGAUGCCAAUGUGCACGAGAACGAGCCAAACGACAACCUUGACUUUGGUGAAAAUGGAGAGGGAGGAGUAGUAGCUGGGAUAAACGGGACACAACUGGACCUCGACGAAGUACCUGCGAAUGCGAAUGAACCUAAUGAGUAUGAUAACCAUGAAGAGAAGAAAGAGAAGGGGAGGGAGGAAACUCGUGGGAUAUAUGAGAAUUCUAACGACGACAAUACAUGCACACGCCCGUUGAUUCCGAGUGGCAACUGCGAGAUCGGUGGGGAGGAUGGAGGGGGAUUGUCGGAGGACGAACUUGCAAUCACUCCAAAACUUCAACCAGCCAGGAAACAACCUGCUGCUCUCGAUAAUGGAGGGGCUCCUGCGUCUUCUCCCUCCCAGCCUAUGAUUUUCAGGGUUCCAUCACUGGAAGACGAUAAAAUCCCUCUGCCAGUUGGAUUUCAAACUAUGUCGCAAUUGUCAGGGGACAUUCCUGGAAAGAACACUCCUGCCGAGGACGAGAUUUCAACAAGCUAUGUACGGAUUUCGACUCCUCAUAGUAGCCCUCUCUCCUCUCCGCCAGGUAGUCAAGGCUCCAAGUCUAGAACAGAAGAUACUCAGAGGUCAUUAAUGUCCAUUGACCUUCAGAAUGGUUCGGAAUCUUUGUCAGAUCGUGCCGCCAGGCAAGCCGCUAUGGAAGAACUGGUAAACUCAAGACGUUCAUUUCGACAAAGAAACCCUAUUCAACUUCAUCCUUAUAUGCUUGAGCAAGAGAAAUAUCGUCAAACAUUGAAAGAUCGUGGUGUGAGACCCAUGCGAAUUACUCAAACCCAGGAAGAGAAAGAAUCCAACUCACGGGAUAGUUCCUCUCCAGCACCCGAAUCACAGAAUAUGGAAGUCGAUGCUGGCGCCAGCGAGCCAAUGGAUUUUGACUGGGAUCCUCCUUCAUCACCCCCCGAGAGGGUCAUCCCAGAAAAGCCAAACCGUGCAGUAAGGGAAGCAAGCCAUCUUCCGACAGAUAGCACCGUGGAUGACGGUUCUAUUGCAACCGAUGAUGAGUUUCCCGACGUCAAUGAGCUCCUCCUCAAAUCAAAGGCCACCCUCAACACCAUAGAAUGCAGACGUCGUUUAAAAAAGUAUUCGGUAAAGCAUAGGACGAAAUCAAACCUCGUCAGACCAACGCACGCCUAUCAUAAUGACAGUAGUAUUUUUGACAUACCCGUUUCUCCGCCAGUGACUAGCCCACUUCUUGGUAAUAACUCCCGAAACGCCAUAUCUCGGUCCAUGUCACUAUCAUCGGCCAAGGAAGUUGCGCCAAAUUCGUCCGGAUUAGAGCACCAUUUCCGAGUCCCAGCUGGUAUACAAACUCCCGUAACAAGUGCAAUCAAGCCACCCUCAAAAAGCAUACCGGUCUCUUUGGAUUUGGAUGAAGAUGAUCCGUUUGCUAGUGAUCAUGACACCUCUUCCACCGCUGAGUCUUCCUCAGAAGAAUCCAUUGAAAUGAUUCGAAAGGUUAGCAAGAAGAUACGUGGCGUACUUCCAGCAUCACAUCUCAGAUUAAAUCAUGAUUCGAAAAGACCAGAGAUUUCUAGCGCGAUACAGCGGCACAAUAUUGACGCAGCGUCAACUACACCACAAAUGAGACGGGGGGUUGCAAUACCAAGAGCUUCGGCAAUAACUACUCGAAGAAAUUCAGAAAGCCUCGAGAUAACGGUUUUGUCCGAUGAUUCAGAUGGCGAAAGCGAUACUUACUUGGGAGGGUUUGUUGCGGAGGAUGAUGCGCCCACAGCACUUGAUAUGCUAUUCAAUGACCGGCAAGGUUUCGCCGAAGAGGAAAACUCCAUCGAUCGCAUGUUGCCUACGAAAAGGCGAAAGGCCAGAUCCUUAAGCGGCCAGCUUCGAAAAAAGAGACGCACCGGUCUGGAGACCUUAUCGAGAAUAGGUAUGGAUCAAAAUACACGACAACCUAAAAUCACUGAGCACCUGGGUGGAGUGCCACAGUGGCAGAGGAAGCAAGGGAAAUCAAAGUCAUUAAGUGUUUUUGGUACAAAGUCUAAAAGUCAAUCUAAGCGCACAAGAACUGUGGCACCUAGAUUGAGUAUUUUGGAUGCUGUCGAUUACAAUGCUACCAACAAGCAACCUCCUCAGUUCUUACGAAUUGCUGCCCGCACCGCAAGAUCUAGGAAGGGGCAAGGGAGGCACAGCCCGACCAAAAAGUUCAUCAAGAUGUCUAAUCGAGAUGACACCCUGGAAGCGCAAAAGGUUCUGCAAGAUUGGCGUAAUGGGAGAAUUCAACCAAAACACAGAGAGCACCAGAGGUCAAAUUCGAACGAUCUGGCUAGACGGGCUUUACAUUCUAUCGUGGUUAACAAGCAAACAAAAUUGCCCCCUCCGACCAAAAAGAUUAACCAAGGCACGCCGACAACAUCUGCACGAGGUUCACAAGCACCUCGCCGUCUAUUCGUUACCAAACCUAGACAAACGUCUUUCGGUGGAUUUGUUACUCCUGGAGAACCUGUGCCAAUCUCCGGAAAUCCCCAGGCCCAACCGAAUAGUCCCAAAAAGGCACGAUUACAUCAAAGCCGACCACGCUCCAAUAUAUCCAAUAUUAGACCGGCGCAGCUAGAGUCAUCUGAUGCAGAACGACAUACUCAGGACUCUGGAUCAUUCUUCAAGACGUCAAAACGAUCUCUGGAUGUCAUUUUCAGGGAUCUACGAAGACGCCAUGGAGCUCAAGCGAACCCCCAGCUAGGUAGAUAUUUGGCCAAUGAGUCCAUUCGACCUACCAUAGAAACAAACGGCAAGGGCUCGCCUACGAUUCUUACGGAGAAGGCACCGUUGCCUGUUUCUCGGCGCAAAAAGAACCAGCCAACGCGUGUCGAUGUUAACGCUGCAAAGUAUCGUCAGCCAAGCGAGCCGAUUAUUCUAGAACGCUUUCCAAAGCAGAUUAUGACAGACAAAAAUGACAAGCUACAAGGCCUAGGAAAGUUUGGAACAAGAUAUCCGAUUCAUUUCGACAUUCUUCCCCUGAAUACUGCCGUUUAUUUUCACGAAAGCAGUUUCAUUGGGAGUGGUCGUCUAUCCGAAGUCAUUAACGGAGUAAGAAUACCGAAUUGCACCGAUGGUGUUAGGAACUCUUUCAUUCUCGAUGGCAAAACCUUCCGAUGGGACCAAUGGAACGAGAAUGUUUCGUCUGAAAUCGGGGUUUGCUUCGAUUGGAUGAUCGAACAAGCGUGUAGUCUACAGCCUUCGUUGUCAAAUGUAGAUCCAGUUUCGGUGAUCACUUUCAUCAGUGGGUACAUACAACAUCAUGUGGUAUUUCGAUUACCCCAUGAUCAAGUCAAUUUCUUGUCUAGGAUGUCUGAGAUUUUUGCUGAUAUCUCGUCGCGCCUCGAUGGUAUUGAUGCGAAGACCGCAUGUGAACAAUGGAUAGAAAUUUCCAAUCGAUGCACGGUCGUCGUUUACCAGUUACUUCAGAUGGCACGAAAAAUGCCUGAGGGUGAAACCUUGAGUUAUGAUUUCGAAGAUUUAUUGAAGCGUAUAGCGAGAACGGCCGUACGUCUUCUAAUAGCUGAUGGGUUGGAUAAUAUCAGGCGAUUGUAUGAUGAUUUGCAAUAUUUGUCGUUCCGAGAAAUGGGUCUCAAAAACAAACAAUUUGCCAUCCAGGGUUGGGUGGUAUUGAUAAAGGUUCUUGAUUCUUCUCGAAUAUCUCGAGGAACAUUUUGGGAUAUUGUCAACCUAGAGUUAAGCGAGCCCGGCAUACAUGAAGCCUCAGAUGUACCAACAUUCGAGAACUGGUGGUAUUCAAUGUUUACUCUUCUCCCGCUGUUCGGAUUUGACGAACUUGGAAUCGUCAAAGCUGACCUUCGUAAGCACAGUUCUGAUAAUUGGUCAUUGCUUCAAAAAUUACUGAAGCGAAUUUUCGAGCUCUACAAGUUAAACUCCCAUCAACCACCGGGCUUCAACGACUAUUGCAGGGCCAACUUAGCCCGGUGUCAUUAUUUGAUGGUCGAGUGGGGAUGGUGGAAAUGCAGUGGACUGAUUGGAACCGUUUUCGACUUCUUUGCUGACCAGAAGUUAGCUAACCUACGCAACGAAGAAGUGUAUGAUUCGCCCAGAUUUCUGAGACAGCUUGAUGCAGAGCCCUCAUUGGAUCUCCAAACAGAAGACCUUUGCUUUCAUAUACUUCUCAAGAUAGUUGGUUUCGCGUUAAAGAGAAUGGGCCAAUUAGGAGACGUGAAAAGUGUGCGCAACUUGGUUACUCGCCUGCUACCAAACCACAAUCGAGAGUUUCCGAAAGAAGAGUCGAUUCAUCAUCGGGAACUGGCCUCGUUGCGAAACCACCAUGAUCUCCUUUGCACUCUGUACUGGGCAGCACCAACUCAGCAGCGGCCAUCGCCUGUCCUCAUUCGGGACCUCGUUGUCGCGGACAGAUCCCAUAAAGAGGCUUGUCUCAUUAAUCUUCGAGCUUGGGGUAAUCUAACUAGAGUGGUUGUCUCUGAACCCGUUAACAUUCCUGCCUACCAGCCAUUCAUAAAGUGGCAAAAUGCUCUGUGUACUGCCCUCGCAAAGCAGUACUUGGGCACAGAGGUAGAGAUAAGAACUCAGGCUGAAUCGGCUUCAGAGGCGGAGAAAGCAACAAUGAUAAUUGCUAUCAACAAGAAAAGCACCAUGGAAACCUUACGCGUGAUCGUCAAAGUUAUGGGCCACACUGUGAACGCGGCAAAAUCAGCGCAAAUGGCUACUCUCGCCUUCAAUCCCGGUAUGAGCCCUACUCUCAACUUACCAAGUCUUCCUAACAAAAAACAGCUGUUCUGUGUGCACUCUGCUCACAGGAAAUAUGUGAGGAUAAUGUCUUUCCCGAAGGCCUCAUUAGUGACUCCGUCGCUGUUAUUUGUCAAUAUUUGGCCCAGAUAGAUAAUCUUGAGCCCAUCGUUCCACCUGUAGAUCGAAGUGGUAUUGAUGGGGAGGGCGAAAGCCAAGAAAGUGAUAUGAUGAGUUUCAUCCUUGGUCGGUGGGAAAUGAUACACGUAAUUUUCUGUAUUUCACUCGGUCAAACUUUGAAGCUAACCUUUUACUAGCGUCUCCAACCUGAGAUUGUCCCAUGGCUACGUACCAUCAUCACAAAAGGCCUUCAGGAGAGCUCAAAAAUGUCCUCUCAACUUUUGUCCAAUGCUAUUAUUUGCUGGGCCCGUUUGAUUACUAAAAUGACGGAAGGUAUUAUGGUGAGUCGACCUAUCUACAUGAGACCUUUUAGUAUAUUGACAUAGGUUUAGAGGAUGAAAGAAUUUGUCACUACCGGCGCAAGUUCCAUAUUCCAAUAUCGCCACAGCUCAAGAAAGGCAAUGGCUUAUUGGCCCGUUCUUAUAGGGGAGCUAGUUGAGCACAAGCAUUUGGAUGAACUCAGUGUAGGUUGUGUCUGUGCUAAUUAUAUUACUAUAGCUGACAGCUGUUUAGAUGCCUGGGUUCGAUAUCGGAGCGCAGUGGCUGUUGUCUAUUACCAUGCCCAGUUCAAUAAUUGCGUUAUCCUUCGGUGCAGUUGAUAUGCUCACUGCCAGACUACGAUCCAAAGGGCAUUACUUGCUGACAGGAAAUCCGAGCUUUGCUUCCGGUUCAAUUGCAGGUACAUUAAGCGCUGGAAGCAGAAUGCCUGACAAUCAUACCCUAUUCAAAAGUAAGUAUAAUCAACCCAAUAAAGAAGUUUCGCGCUAACACUGAUAGGUGCUGUUGAUAUCAUGCGCACAACUUUACUGAAGCAAAGCAACGUCGACUUGAUAUUUGACAAUGUCUCUUUGAAAGAAGCCCACACAAAGUUUGCUUCGAUAUUGAAGCAGGUCAUGGAGUCGAUGAAAACUCAAUUGGAGUCCAUGACUUCCGGCUCUAAAGAGCAUUCGGAAUAUCUUGAAUUCGUUCAGCGUAUUGCCUCUAUUAUUCGAUCAUAUGCUAGCGACAUUCAGCCCCUCAUGGACUUCUUCAUGCAAUCCUCGAUACACUAUUGGCCAGAGGACACUGAUCCAAACAUUUACGCUGCUGGAGUCGUUUCAUACUCGCUCCGUUUGGCCAAAAACCCAAGCAUAACCUCGCCCCAACUCCUCCAUUAUCUAUAUAAUGGUUGGAGAAAGGAUAUUGUUCAAGGACGCAUCAAGCAGCAUAUGAAUCAUGUUAAAAACGGAAUGAAGCACUGGGAAUUCACCGAGUUCAUGCUUCUUGAAUCUAUACCGGCAGCUCUGCAUGUAGGGUUUCGAUGGGCUGGAGGGUGGGCUGUUUGCGCAACCUACCUACCACUGCUGUCCAAUCAGCUCGUCAAUAUCCUGCAAGAAGAGAGUGAAAAUGCGCACGUGGCAUCGGAACACUUAAUCAAUCUACUGAAUGACAUUAUCAACGAGCUUUCUGUAUUGCAGAGAAGAGUUGUUGACGAAAGUAUUACACUGGCAAAUCAUCUUUAUAUCGCGCAUACUGUCUUCCAGUUCUGGUUCUCCAUUGCGCUUCCCAUCAAAGUAUUCACAUCCUCACUGCCGGAUGCUAGCAAAUCUGUGGAUGAUAUCGAGAGCUCCAUGAUGAAGAUACUCUCACGGGCAUGCCGUAUCCAAGAUUGCGAGCCUAUCGAGAUCCUAGAAAUCCCAGUCGCGAGACAAACAAUGCGAGGAGCGCAGUUUGACAGAUUUGUCUCUGUUUUGACUCAGGACCUGAGUGAGCAUUGGGAGGUUGCAAAUAAUGGAUACGAGGUAGAAAUUGGCAGUAUUCGAGCUAGGGAAGCCUCCAAGACUCGCGUGGAUCUGCGAUAUUUACUUGGGGAGUGUUUGACGUUGAAGCAGUUAUUGGGGAGAUCGCUUAUGGUAAUGCCGUUCUUGAGAGAUGUUCCUGGUCUUGAAGUCCCAGUGGAGAAAAUGAACGGUCCUAUGGUUGGAGAUAUGUACUUUUAGUUUUGGAGAGAGGGUAUUGCGUGUAAUUCUGGAUGAACUCUGUGUGCGCAAUGAUACCUGGGUAUAGUUGUCUUGCAUUGGCUUAGCAUUAUGUUUGGAGUAAAGGAAGAGUGGGGUAAUUGAAGUCUGCUUUAUGUGUAAUGUCUAUGAUGUUACUUUGCCAAUGUCCAAGCAGAAUCUCAAAUGAUUUCAAAUUCACCCUAGAAACGCAAAAGCCGACACCUACCUACCUGAGUACGGAUACGGAGCUAAUCUCCGAGUCACGUGCUGAUAUGGGCAGGCGGGCGUUGGUUGGUAGUAACAUAAAAAACCUGGAAAUGCUGAGUGAGGUAAAUAUCACCAACAUAGGUGUUUUUACAGUCGCUCUUCUUGGGCGCAAACUCUUGCUGGAUGCAAACAACAGCUCUGCGCGUCAUCCGGACGUCAAAUCGGCUGGUUUUGAGGCGUCCGUGUCGAAUAGUUGCAGGUAUCCGGAAUCGACACCCCCAUCAACCUCUCCUUUCCUCUCGAGCUUUCCACCCUUCCCCAACGUCUCUUCGAGCACCAGAAGAUCCAGCUGUUUCAGCAGCCUCCGAUAGCGCGAAAUCACGGCCCGAGGUCGCAGAAAUAACGCCCGAGGACGCAGUUGUUGAGGGUGAUGGAACCAACGUCGAAACAGAUACAGCUAAGACGGUAGAUGACGCCGAGGUUGAAGACUCGAAUCCACAAGUAAAAUCAAGGAAUGGCAGAACUGGGACGGUUAGAAGAGGUCGCUCAAAAGUGCAGGAGGGACUGCCGCCCGUGGUUUUACCCGAUUGGUUUUGGGAAAAGAACGUGAGGUGUGUAGGAGAGCCUCCUUUGCGUGGACCGCUCGCCGUUUAUGGGAUGGCUUCUGCCAGUGCUAGCGAAUUGAGAGAUAUUCUGGAGAACUCCGAGAAAACAGGGAAGGAAAAUGCAGGAGGGAAGGAUAUUCAAACGGAUUCGACGUCGAGUACAGAGCCAGAAACUGCUAGCCAGGGAGCAAAGGUGAAGGAAGACACAACGGACCUCUCAUCUCGGUUCAAAGACCAAUUCGAUGAUAUACUCAUGUGCGAUUUGGUACCUACAAAGGAUGCCAGAUAUACGAUGCAUGUAGACGUAUACAGGGAGAUAUUUGCAACUCUGAAGACAGGUCUGAGGUUACGUCCGCCGAAAAACCCAGCAAUUCCUUCCAUAAACAAGCCUGUUACUCUCUUGCAAUGUCCCAAAGAUGGGGGGUCCUAUUAUUUAGAUUCUGCAGUCGAAACAAUUGCGGCCAAACUCAACGCGGAUCUGAUAUCUUUGGAUGUUCAUGACAUUUCCCAAAUCGUGGGUUCUCAUUUCGAAGACAAUCCAGCUUGGUCACAAUCAGCCCACGCGAUGUUAGCAUAUGAAACUCAUAAAUACGCCGGAAAGUUGGAGGAGCUCGAGCAAGAUAUCGCCGAGACUCCAGAAGAGGACGAGGAAGACCCAAAACCAGUGCCGGUAAAGACUUUAACUAAAAGAGUCUCUAACUUCCUCAGCAGAAUGAAGCUCCCCUUUGACCGCCCGACGAGAAUCCCUGGAUUUUCGCUCCUUCUAGAACCACCACAAAAUUCCCAACUGACUGAGAGCGAUCAAUGGGGCGGACUGAAACUGUCAACCAUAUUUAACACCUUGGUGAGUUUACUUUCGGGAAAUGGUCUCAUGUCUACUUUCAAAGUUUGCUUCUCUUAUGGAUUUGCUCAUAACUCGCCUCUUUUCGAGAACCCUUGCUGACUUCAAAAUCUGCCCAGAUUGAUGCUCCCUCCAGCAAGCGGGCAUCAGCAGAGUCAGGUAGCGUAAGUGACUCAAAAUCUUCAUCGGGUACAAUAAUACUUGUGAGGGAUUAUAAAUCACUUAGCGCCACACCUCGCGGAUCUGAAUUGCUUGCCAGACUUCGCACAGCUAUCCAUACGCGUUGGAAAGAGGGUCAUGACAUCGUGUGUGUCGGUACAAAUUCAACAUGUGAAACAUCCAUGGAGGAGAAUGGACCAGCUCUCUCGAAGGUUGACAUCCAGAAGUUACAAUCUGAUAUUGUGGAGGGCGAAAAGCGAACAAUAUUUGUACCACCUGAUAGAAGAGACCAGCAAGAUGAAAUCUUUGAGUUGGAUGAGAAGGCUAGAAUCCGAAAUAUCAAUGUUCGACAUAUUGAGAACAUGAUUGAGAGUUUACUGGAGGGCACGCCAGAGCUAUCCCCAGUCAUCGAUGUUGAGAAGAACCUUGAUAUUUUGACGAUCGAGUCCACAGGUCUUGAGGAGGCCGUGUGGACUUACGCUCGAGUUCAUAGGUAAGUCUAUUACAUGUAGCUCCCGAUGGUCCCUCUGAUUUAGACUAACCUUUCCCUUGUAGGGUCGCUACUACUGUCCUUGGACUCGUAGACUCUCCAACAGUGAUUGAUGGUGAAAUCUUCAGUAAAGCUCUGAAUUUGCUUGCUUGGAGUGAUGAAGCAAAGUUUGCCUGGGGUGCCGAAGAAUUAAAGGCGGAAGAUGACGAUGCAGCAGAUAUGAUACGUGAAGGGGAACAAAGUAGCUCGACGAAGAGCAAAGAUACAACAAAGGAGAAGCUCAAGCAGAUCAGAAAGAACUGCAAAUCUCACGAAAAGAAGCUUCUCGGAGGCGUCAUCCUACCAUCCGAGCUCCACACUACAUUCAAUGACAUUCGCGCCCCCAAAGAGACUAUCGAGGCUCUUAAGACCUUGACCAGCCUCUCUUUGAUCCGUCCCGAAGCAUUCUCUUAUGGUGUUCUUGCUACUGACAAGAUUCCGGGCCUACUUUUAUACGGUCCUCCAGGUACCGGGAAAACUCUUCUAGCUAAAGCAGUUGCGAAAGAAAGUGGAGCGACCAUGCUGGAGAUUAGCGGAGCUGAAGUCAAUGAUAUGUAUGUUGGCGAGGGAGAAAAAAACGUGAAAGCGGUUUUUACACUGGCGAAAAAGCUUUCUCCUUGUGUUGUGUUUAUUGAUGAGGCAGAUGCCAUCUUCUCUGCUCGUGGUGACGCCAAGCCACGUUCUAGUUCGCAUAGAGAGUUGGUCAACCAAUUUCUCCGCGAGUGGGAUGGCAUGAAUGAUCUUGGUGCUUUAAUUAUGAUCUGUACCAACAGACCGUUCGAUUUAGAUGAAGCUGUUCUUCGACGGGUACCUCGAAGGCUUUUAGUAGAUCUUCCUGUCGAGAAGGAUCGCGAGGCAAUUCUCAAAAUUCACCUCAAAGACGAAGUUUUGGAUGAAUCUGUCUCGCUUUCCGAAUUGGCCAAAGAUACGCCCUUCUACUCCGGUUCAGAUCUCAAGAAUGUUUCUGUUGCGGCUGCUAUGGCUUGUAUUCGGGAGGAGAAUGAAGAGGCAGCCAAACAAACCGGCACGGAACCUUAUGUAUUCCCGCCUGUCCGCACCCUGAAAAAAGCACAUUUCGUCAAGGCCUUGGAGGAAAUCAGCGCUAGUGUCAGUGAAGACAUGUCGACGUUAAGUGCCAUCAGGAAAUUUGACGAGAAGUAUGGUGAUCGCAAGGGCCGGAGGAAGAAGGCUAGUGCGUUGGGCUUUGGGGGAACUACCAUCCCCGAGAAGGAUUCGGAGUCAGCGAGAGUGAGGAAGUUGGUGGUUUAGUUCUGCCGCCUGCGGCGUCUUGAGCAUGACGUCGGUGUCGGCGUUGCUGGCACGGUGUUUUCUGUGUAUAAUAUUAUAUGUAGAAGUAAAUAGACGCUGAUGAUUGAUG